UUCUCCUCCUCCUCUUCUUCUUCUUCCCUCUGUUACUUGGAUUUGGUUCGAAAACGCAGUUUCAUUUGUAUUUUCUGUCUAUUUCCAUUGAGUAUUCAUCGAAAACAAAUAAAUUUUUUUGUUUUUUUGACGUUCGAAGCCUCAAACCUCUCAAAAGAUUCACACAUAUCUCGAAGAAAUGGACGAAUUCAAGACCAUCGAGAAGAAAACGUGGAUGUUUUCUUUGUAAUCUUUUCAUCUGUUUUGAAACUAUCUCCCCCUAGAAUUGUCCUCUUGCGUUAUGGAAGCCAUUGCACUGAUCAUCAACAACAACAACAACAAGAAAGUCGUUAACCAUCAAAACUUCCCUCUCCACAAGCUCUCCUUCUGGUUCGCUCCCACCACACGUCCACCCGGUCUACUCUCUUUCACCUCCGGCUCGUAAACAACAAAUCCAAACUCGUAUACUACUUAGAUUUGUUACCCCUUUCUUUUUGGGUGUCUUACAUGGCUGCUUACUCUUUCAACAAUAACUUUUCGUUUGAGAAUUGUUGUGCUGGUUUUCUUGAUCCGUUUUCGCGUGAUUUGAGACCGUGCGAUGGGAUUUCCCAUGGCGGGUCUUUGUCGGUGGCGGCGGCGACUGUCUCGCAGUCGUUAGUGUUGGACACUGAGAAAGGAGAGCUGGUGAAGACGCCGGUGAAGGCUGGGAAGAAAAGCGUGCCGGAAGAGAAAGUUAUAGCGGCUUUGAAGAGCCAUAGCGAGGCUGAGAGGAGAAGAAGAGAAAGGAUCAAUGCUCAUCUUGAUACGCUUCGUACUCUCUUGCCCAACAGAGAAAAGAUGGAUAAGGCCACAUUACUUGGUGAAGUAGUUGCACAAGUGAAACAACUGAAGAAGAACGCAACUGAAGCCAGCAAAGGGUUUCUUGUUCCAAUGGAUGAUGAUGAGGUCAGAGUUGAUGCAUGUGAUGAUGAAGCCAUGGGGACUUAUUGUUUCAAGGCAUCGAUCUGUUGCGAUUAUAGACCCGAACUCCUGACCGAUCUACGACAAGCUCUCGAUGCCCUUCCGGUUAAGAUGGUGAAGGUGGAGAUAUCGACUUUGGGAAGUCGUCUGAGGAACGAUUUCGUUUUUACCGGCUGCCGAACAGCGUGUGCAGCUGAGGCAAGGGAAUAUCUAGCACGUUCUAUUCGUCAGGCCAUGAACUCUGUCCUGGAGAAGGCUUCUAUCUCGGCUGAAUACUCGUUGUACUCGGCAUUUCCGAAGAAGAGGCAAAGGCUCUCGUACUUUGAUUCUUCAAGCUCAUCCUCAUGAAAGAAAGAUUAGCCUUGCUUCGUUUGUGUCAAUCCACUGCGACAUGCAUCUCUUUUAUUUGCUAAGAAACAUGUUAU